GGAGGUGGGCGCGCGAUGCAUGCUGGGUGUUGUAAACGCGGGUGGUGGUGGCAGGACUACGGCUCCCGGUGUGUCCUGCGGCCGCGCAUGCGCAAUGCACGGAGCGGCAGGGCCGGCGAGGGCAUGAGCAGAGGCACCGGGGGCUCGAUGCAGCCGGAGGAGCAGUGGCGAUUCCCCCUGCCCGGCAAGUUGCUCCCUAUCUCGUCUCUGGGACAGAAUGGCCUCCUGCAGGCGCUUGUGCAGGGUGCGGAGCAGCCUGUGGGUGCUGAGCUCAGUGAGGAGCUGCGGCGAGCCCAGGAGGAAUGGGAGGCUGUGGAAGAGAUCCAGUCAGGUCUGGGGGUGACAUUGGCCAGCGCUGCAGCUCCGAUCUCCUUCAGUGAAGCGCUGCAGUUCUUCCAGACAGCCGACCUCUCCGAGUGCAGGAAGAAAGUGCAGGCGACAGUGCGCAGGCAAGGCCUGGCUGCUCUGCUUCACUACUUUUUCGGCCCUCCCCGGCUCCAGCCGCAGCUGCAGGGAGAGCGGGACCUGGCGCUGGCCAUGGCACAAUGUGGUUUGGAUGAUAACGAGCAAGUGCACAUGAGAAUCCUGCAGACCAUUUACAGGAAGCUGACCCAUUCCCGGCUGGGCUGCCCGCGCUAUGGAGUACACUGGGAAGAGCUCGGCUUCCAAGGUGUGGAUCCCGGAACUGACCUGCGAGGGACGGGAAUGCUGGGCUUGAUGCAGUUGCUCUACUUUGUCAUGGACACCCGGACGCUGCCUCUGGCUCUGGAGAUUUUCAAGUUAUCCCAGCACGAAACCCAGAAUUUCCCCUUCUGCCUUAUGUCUGUGAACAUCACCCGCCUCGUCAUCCAGGCCCUGAGGGAGGAAUGUCUCUCCAGGGAGUGCAACCGCCGGCAGCAGGUCAUCGCCGUGCUGAACGACCUCUAUGCGGCGACCUUCCUCCAGCUCUACCGCCUCUGGAAAUGGCAGAACAAGACCAUCGCCGACUCCAGCUUCGUCCUCCAGGAGCUGGAGUUCUCCACUAAAAAGAAACCAAAGCAGCUCCUGAAAUACCUGGAGGCUUAUAUGAACCAAAGGCCUGUGGCCUGUGGCCUUCAACAUCUGUCCCUUCCCUCGACAUCCAUUGGCAGCAGCCAGGCCAGUGAAGAAAUUGCGUUCAUGGGCAUCUGCGAUCCAAGGGUUGAGCUGGAAGGAGAAGCCCGGCUGAUCUGAGCUGUAGGGAGCUCUGCUCGACGCUCCGCUCUCUGAGGAUGCCUGGAUGCUGGCUUGGAAAGGGCCGUGUGGAUCAAGGUGGUGGGUGUGGAGUGGUGAGAGGUGGCUGCUGCCCUGAGGAGGGUCUGAGUCCAUGCUGUGGCCGGUUGGGAGCCUGGAUCACCACCCAGGGUGGGUUUUUGCCCUCUCUUAAGGUGGAUUUUUGCCUAAAUUCCCCCAAAGGGCAGCCUGUUUCUUCCUUCUCUCACCCUGUGAGUGUCCUGGUGCGGUGUUGGCAUCUCUCAGCACUCCAGGACCGAGCUGCAGGAUUUGACCCUCUCCAGGGAGAAAUCUGGAGCAGAGGUGGCAGAGCUGUGGGGUUUAUGAGUCACCAACCUCUGGCUGGGAUAAUCCGUUGUGUCUGUCUCGAAUCCAUCUUUACCCCCAGCAGGAGAGUUUAGUCAUGCUCCAAGUGGAGCCAGAGUAUGGAGCCAGGGUUCCUGAAAGCAAUCAUGGCUCUGGCAGCAGCCCGGAGUGUUUAGAACCCCUGAAUUUGGUUUUGCAUUAAUGGUGGGAUCCAAGGGUGAACACAGGGAAAGGGUGGAGCGGGGUCUGCCUGUGAGCCCAAUUUGGGGCUUGACAGCGGAAAAGCUGCUCUGGAGAAGGGGAACCAGGGUCGGAUUUUGUCCUGCAACUGGAGAGCACAGAGGAGGGUAAGAAAAAUCCCUCCCAGCCUCUGUGUCUGCUUGUUUUGGGGAAAACCUCUUGUUCCAGGGGAGAUGGGAGUUUGGCUUGCAUGUUCCCAGAGGCAGAGGGGCUGUUUCCCACCAUGGUCCCACCAUGCUCCCUCCUUUCUCAGUGCCUCAGUUUCCCCCUUUAUGGAAUGACGCCCUGGCUGCGGGUGAUGCCUGGGAAUUAGCUGGGAGCAGUAAUGGCUGCUCCAUGCCUGAUGCUAGCUGGGGCUUUGGGAUGCUCCAAAGGCCUCCAUCCCUCAAAAGAGGGGAAGAAUUCCCAGAGUGGGAGGUAAAAGGUGUCUGAAUAGGAGAAGCUGGAGUGAGGAUAGUGUAGCGCAGUGCCCAAGGACCCUGAUGGCUGCAGGGUGUUCCCUGCCCUCCAAAAGGGCAGUCGCCUUCAUGGCAGCACUUCCCUUGGUGGAAGGAAAAACACAAUAAAUGGGAAAA